AUGCCAUUAGCCAGCAACAAGGACGCUGUGGGUGAUAGACUGCUUGUGGGGGCUGUCGGUAUGAUCCAUACUGGCGGAAUAGCGAAUCAACUGUUUACCGAUGGUGGCCUUGAUUUUGUCCUUGUCGGCCGAGGUUUCCAAAAGAAUCCUGGCUCGGUUUGGACAUGGGCGGAGGAGCUGGGUGUUGACAUCAGUAUGUCGAACCCAAACCAGUGGGGCUUCUCCCGCCGAGGGGCCGAUAAUCUGUAUAUUAUCCAUAAGAAUGCUGUUGAAUAG